CGAAGGGGGGCGAAAACAAGAAGAGCUGGCUGACGAACAAUGAAAAUAAAUAUUGUCGCUGGUGCAAAUCAGGGUAAUGUUUGUUUUGGGCCAUAGUUAGCGAGAGUUGUUUGGAAGCGCAAGUAUUAUUUUGACAUCCUCACGGAUGAUAUUCUCACGCUUUCUACUUCACAAACUAAGCCGACACUGUCAGAAGAGAUGGAGUUAAAGAAGGAUCACUUAUUUAUGGAAAUUUUGAUCUUAAUAACUUUCGUUCAACUGUGUUUGUCAGCGAAGAACAAGUUAGUCCUUAGACCUGUCGGGAGGGAAUAUCAGGCAGUUGUUCCAAAAUUAUCCGGAGGUAAGUACUAUGGCGUAAGUUAUGUUAUUCAGGUUCAUUUUUUUCUAUUUCCUAAACGCCGGUCCUUAAAGCCCUUGCGCUCGUUUGACAUUUAGACACGAAAGUUCAAUGUUCUAAAUUGUUGUUGAAUUAGCAAUUCGAAAAUCCACGAAUUACUAUAAACACAAACGUUUAGUACCUCACAGCUCACACAGAUCAUCCUUAUUCUGAGGGAGAUAGACUUUCUCGUGGUGCAUUCAUAACCUAAACUAAAGCGAAGUUUGUAUGAAAGUUGGAAAUCAAUGAGUUAAGUUCCGCACUAAACAUAGCCAUUAUUUUCCCUAAUUUUCUCACGAAUUUUUGGUUCUCUUUUCCUUGUCGUUCCAAACUUUCGAAGCAUGAGGCCAGUCUUACCGGACAUGGGAAGGUAGACAGCGAGCUUUACCACAAGAAUUUUUCAGUAAUAAUUAGCUACAUGCUUGUGAUACCAUUUUUCGCGGUAUAUUAGUUGAAGUUUUAUUUUCCGCGUUCUAGGUUAAUCGAUUUAGGUCGCCAUGCUCGUAAAACUCGCGUUUAGGUAUCAUGGAAAUUGCGUGAACUAAACAUUUCCACAGCAACUGCUUUGAAAAUAAACGUCUUAUACCAUUAACUCAGACAUCAGCUACUUAAGGAAUCAUGAUAGUGGUCGAGUGUUCAAGUGCUGGAAAAUUCAAUAGAACAUUUUCAAAAUUGUGUUUCCGAAAUCCGCUCAUUCCGGCUUUACUAAAGAAAAUUGAUACUUUUUGCUUCCUUUACUUGAAUUCUUAAACAUUGUACUUUGACCGCCAAAAAAAAAGGUCGUAGGUGAUAGUAGUAGUAGUAGUAGUAGUAGUAGUAUACUGGGUCGCUGUGCACAUCACUCUGUGUUAAUUCUCCUACCUUGUAAAGCAGUGUACCAUGAAAAUAACGAAAGUUGCCCGGCUAAUCACUAUCGAUUGAAAAGCUGACUGGUUUUGAGAGGUUGCCUUUCGUCAUUUUUUUCUCCGCCACCGAUUCGCGAGACUGCACAAAUUCACCCACCGUGACCAAAGUUUCCUCAACAACUAAUUCUGACUUGUUCCAUCCCCGAACGAGAACAUCAGCUAUGCAGGCAACAUGCCAUGACAUUUUGAGCCGUUGAAGUCUAUAUUCGGUGAAACGGUUAGAUCGUUGAGGAGUGUUGUUCUGUACCACUGUAAAUUUUUAUUGCGCUAACUUUGACCCUUCAGUAAAAGUCUAAGGUAAGGUAGUUAUCACUCCUGCAAGGCUGUUUGUUAUGCCAAAACGGCGGGAUCUCAAUGUUGGAUCUCUGGGUGAAACCGCAAACUGAGUUGUGCGAUUCACAGUGAAAAUGCCGUGAAUAACACUUUUACUGUAUAAUGUUCUCAACUUUUCCCUUAUUCGUGCAAAAGUUUCAAAAUUUUGGAAUUUUUCUUUCAAAAUGUGAACUUUGCUCGUCUUUGGUUUAUAAAGGCUACCUUUUGAAUUUACUAAGAACAGUGUGCUUAAGUUACCCAAAACAAAAAAUCUUGAAAGAAACCGGCACUUGAAUGAUCUCUAGUGUUUCCAUUUUGUUCCUUUGACAGGUUGUAUCUUUGGUAGUCUGCACUAUAACAUUGGAGAUUCUUGGAAUCCUGAUAUCCCUCCCUUUGGAGUCAUGUAUUGCGUGAUUUGCACGUGCAACAAGGUGAGGUUUGAUUUUUUCCAGGGUGUGUUGGAUCGAGCGAGUCUUGCAUGGUUGCAGCUUUAGAAUCUUUGGAGGAGGAAAUUGCUACGGGGGGACCAUUCAAGUCGAACCUCUUCGCUAUUGCUUUCACAUGCCACUAUCUAUUUUUCAGCAUUUCAAGUAAUGAAAUUUGGAAACUUUGUUGAAUUAUCUUUUCACUUUGGCCAACUUUUUAUAGAGUGCAAAAGGUUAAAUAAAACACACGGCUCUUAUACAAUCCGAGGUGAACCGAAAGCAGACGAGUACGUUGAAAAGCACAUGUUGGUUAAAUGACUGCGGACAAUCUUGAUGUGAAAUUCGUUAUGUGUUCAACAUUUCAAUCAACUUCUAUCCUGCUAGCAGGUUUCGCUCUUGCACAGCUUUUAGUAUUUCUGAAAAGUUGUCGCACACAUGCCAACUACGCCACGGACAGCGACGCGAAAGACUUCGUAAAUGCUAAAAGCCACACAGGAAAGAACCUCUGCUCCUCAGGGUAGUUAAUUUACUUCCAGUGUCGUAGAGGUACGUCAAUAGAGGACAACCCGUAGAAACAUAUAUUUUGCAGUACUUUCACGGGUCUUUUUUUAAGUAAUAGACAAGACCAAAUUUGGGGCGAAAUUCCUUGAAUUUGACUCAACCUUUUCUGAGAAUAAAAAAGGCUAAAGAACAUUGGAUCGUGCUUUUCAGAUAACAGUCUGGAGAUCGCACGUGUCUUACCCUAUCCUGGAUAAGAAAUAUCAGAUAACAAAAGGAGUUGAAAAUAAAACAUGCAAAACUACAUGUAGCAUUUGAACAUGAAAACGUGCUACUCAGUUUAAAAGUUUGAGAGAUAACUAUAUAAAAGUACUCUCCAAUCCCAUUCCUGCAUAAUACAAAGUCUUUUCGGCAGGAUCUUACUAAGUGAAAUGUGAUAAUCAUAGCCUAAUCCUUGUUUGGAGGUUUGUAAGUCAAAAGGCUAUAACACUUAAGAGAAGAUUAAUCGCAUUUUUAUCGGAAAUAGUGCAAUUAAGGCUUCGAUUGUGACGAUGGAUCUCCCAGCGAGCUAGAUUAACCUGCCGGUGGAGUUGCCAACUCCUGCUAUCUUCCCAAGCAUUUUGGACCCCCUCAUUUCUUUGUCAUUUUAAAUUAACACCAUAAUGUUUAUUUGUUUGGAAAAGCAUUCAAUCGCCAAUUAAAAUAAUCUCAAGAACAAAUAUUAACAAUAGCCUUUGUUGUCAUUCAUAAAUGACAAAAUAAUUUUCCUGGACGGCUGGGAACAGCUGCCUUUGCCAGGUCGCAUUUUAAGACGUCUUUCAGAGCUGAGCCUGUGACCAUAUUGUUUUCAAGAAUUAUAACGUGACCUUUCUGAGGUUAGCAGAGAACUUUGGCGACGCUAAAUCGAUUGUUAUCAAAGGAAGUUUAUUUGUUGUAGUGACUAGCUCCGUAAAUGCAAGAAAGCGUGUUCCGUAUAAACAUUAAUUCUCACCACACGCAAAGCGACCGCAAAAAGAGGGGAUUAUUGCUAUUCAAAACGGACGUUUUGAAUUCAACGCGUUCUUUGUUUGAAGAGACACGUAUUUGCCAAUACGUGCACGUGAAAAAAGCAGAGAUCAGUCUUUUUAUGUAACAACACGCGAGGAGACUGAGAAGGCAACUUGAAGAGACUGGUGUUUUGAGAAACAGGCUACGCGCUUAAGAUUAUUGAACGCCUUUAUAAGUCAAUCUGUAUUUUACGAAUAUAGUAUAGCAUUCCGUCGGCAUAAUAUUCACAGAUUUGCGCUUGCGCGGCUAUAUAUUAACGGGAUUCUCUUAUAAAAGGGUGUCGAACUAUCGCAAUCGCUGAGAUGCAGCAACUUUGGAAUUGUGCGUUAAAGACUCCCUGACUUCUCAAUUCGUAAAAAUAUGUCGUGCAAAGAAGAAGCAUCUUGCAAUAGGAUAUGCGAAAGUGGCACGAGCACAUUUUGUUCUUAUAACCUUUGACUUUGCACCAGUCUCUGAAGCCAUAACGAUAAGGUCCUUAAUGGAACUACGCCUAGGAAAGACAGUACUAUCUAUCAAUAGUUUAUUGAUGCCAGUCUAACUUUCGAUGAAGCAGCUCAAUCGGUAGUUUUCCAUUCUGUAUAGCACGAUGGUUCGAUAAAACCUAGAGGUUUUUUCACACAAGGGAAAAGCAUGAAAACAAGGCAUUGAUUUUCCUUCGAAAUUCUAGUUUACAGACUGAGGUGAUUGACGCGUCUGCCGUUUUACCUCAGGAGAAAAAAAACUAUUGUAAUCCGGUACCCAGAGUUGAUCCGGAACCGGGUAUGGUUUUCAAGGGAACUACGGGAUUGUGUGAGCUUAUUUGUCGUUUCAAUUCCAAAUGAAUAAGAAAGGAAGAUUAAUAUAUGAGUUCGACGUGAAUUUUAAGAAAUCUUUUAUUUGGUGUUCUAAUCUAGACCUAGACAUUUUUUCUCAGAGACCAGGUCUGAAAACGGGUGUGAAAAAUGCCAUGUUUUGGUCUCAGACUGGAGAACCGGCGGCACACUCUCACCAAAAAUUCCCAGGUGUAUUCCCCAAGGGUAAUUCAGCGUUUUUCUCAUACAAGAUUUCUUUUUAUUCGCAGGUGUCAAAUUCCGAGACAGAUGGAAAAGUGGCCUGUCGUAAUAAGCGACACCGCUGUCCAGCAACAUCUUGCGCAAGGCCGCGAGUUGAGAAGGGCCAAUGUUGUGCAUCUUGCCCCGACGGUAAGAAACUCGACUCAAGAGCUCAUUACGCUGGAGCGUUCACUAUCUUGUUCCUAGCGUGUUAGCGUUUCAGGCUAUUUAUAGGUUCACUUUUUCCCGCCAAAAACCUUACAGCCAAUUAGAUCAGAGAAGGUUUUGUAGCAAAGUCACAUGAAAUGAGCGUUCUUAAGGUCUCGGUAAAGGAAAACGAGGUGCCCACAGAAAAAAAUUCUAGUCGCGCGAGUAUUUUCGCUACAAAGGCAAGUUACAUAUCAAAUUAAAGCUAAAAGACUAAAUUACCUUAUAAAAGAUUUUAUUUCAUCGAAUUUCAAAAGGUGCUUAAGUUUUUGUUCUCGAACUCAGAGGUAUGGAGUUUAUGAAGCUCCAGCCCUUUCGCGUUGUUAAAUAUUCACUUCCUUUUUAUUGCAUCUGAUUGACAGAUAAAAGACCUAAAAAAGGGUGUGAGGAAAUUUGCAGAUGUCUCGUGUUAGCGGAAUUAUUGCAUUUCAAACUAAAAAGUCGAAAUUUCAAAGAAACUGACAUAAAAUGAGUUACAAAGGGAAAUCGGAAAAUUCCUCACACCCUUUUUGAGUCUAUAUCAUUAUCCAUCAUAUCUGAAAGUUUCAAAGCGAUAGGGUCCCGACUUGAGAAUUUUGAUUUUUUGCGUCUAAAAUAUGAGAGAAAAUCACUAAAGAUUUAAAUGGUUAGCUCAGAAAAGGCUCAUUUUAGAAGGGUUAAAAAGCACUUUCUGAUUUUCUUUUUCUGCCAAAUUAAAAUUUAGGACCCACUCAUGCCAAAAAUCCAAAAAAAACAAAAUCGAGCAAUGUACUAAAAUUUUUAUUUACCGAGACCUUAAGCUCCCUGAGGGCUCGCUCGUUGGAAGACGAUGGACGCUUUGGGGUGAAACAAAAGGGUUUUACAGACCUACCUUCCUUAGACCUAUCGAAUCGACCUUUGGUCCGCCUUCCAUCACGAAACAUCUCCAUCAUUCACAAUCUGCCCGGCAUAGCAUUAGGCCCGGCGAAGGUGGUCAUUGUUCAAACCUUGUCUUCUCCAUCUUUGGCAUUUGAAACGCUUGGAACAAAUAUAUAAUUAUCAUUGUUUGUGAGUUACCAUAGCUAAAAACACUGUAUUAAAGGAAAGUACAGUAAAAUAGCUUUGUUCUUCUCUAUACUCAUGUUGUAUCAUUUUCGGUGCCAAUUUAACCUGAAUUGGGACCACUAAUAAAACUUAAACCAUAGAGAAGAGGAAACAAAUGAUCAAGUUCUUAAACCUUUUUUACAUUUUUAGAGUUUGUGUCUUUGCUGACGACACGCGGAGUCUCCAGUACCCCACAAAAUGGUCUCGCACGCGCACACUUCACUUUGGUGAGGAGCUCCCUUCACAUAUCAAUUCGCUAUGAAGGGUAAGGAUUAUUCUAUUAUUAAAUAUGCAUCUUAUUUUGUCCUUCGGUGGAUAAAGAGGUUGAUGAUGCCUUUCAAACCAGGCUACCUUCAAUACGCCAUCGAUCGAAUUUUCCGGCUGUAGAAUUUGACGGGAGACGUCGUUUACACGGGACCGUUCAAGAAUUGUCAACCAAUUGAAAAUUCGUCCAGUGCAGUGUGAACAUAGCGUCAUUGCUCAAUUUCAUGCACCAAAACAACCGAACAGUAUUGGAAAUUGUAACGCUUACAAAAUAUUUAAAUAUUUUAUGUUAUUUAUUUAUUUGUUUGUAUAUUUUUGUCUAGAUCUCGCAAACCCCGCAUGGCGUCUUUUUUGGACCCUGAAGGCUCAACGAUAAAAGAGCUUAAUAUUCAACGGAAAGCCAUAAAUGGGUCCCAGGUGCGUUGAUUUAUUUUAUCGCAAAUAUAUAAACAAGCUCGUAGUGUUGGACUGAUUAGUAAUUCUCCUUUCUGACUCCUAUAUAUUUGUUUGGAUGUUAAUUAUGAAAAUUCGGGGUUAUAUCAAUGUAACAUCCUCUGGCUGAUAAAAUUGUCUUUUCUCCCUACCUCUAUAUUCGACAAUGUAUUGAAUAUUUUAAGGAGAAGUUAUAUGCCAAUCACUUCUCGGAGGUAAAGGGUUAAGAGCGAAUACGUUAUUUUUGACACUAUUUCAAUUGGAAGCGAGAGGUAAUGGAUAAUACUGUUGUAAUUUAACUUUACUUGUUUUCUACAGGUGUGUCUAGUAUGGAAUCAACUCAAUAAUAAGCAGAUCGAAUCUCUCAAACGGGGAAAAUUGAGCUUCAUGUUAAAACUCAAAAAGCAAAACGCAGCAGCCCUUGUUGGGGACAUUACAUUGUACAAAUCUUACUCAGAAGGUAAGUUGUUUAUCGUGGGAGCGCCGAAUAGGUGCGUGCCAUCUUAAGUGACAGGUAGUGGUGUUGUGUGUGUCAUUGCCUUAGUAACCGGAUAAUUCAGCUAGGAACAGUUACACGGGGCAAGUCAAUUUAAUUCCCAGAAUGCUUGUUACCUUUGUCCACUGAGACCUGAGGCCCCCGUUGCCUGUUCCGCCGGACAAGGGAAACGCGGACUCUGGGAACGAGAUUGGGGACAAGUAGGAAAGGGUGCUCUGUUGAUAUAGCCUUGCGUAUGCGUAAGGUAAUGACAAGACGGUGUUGGUGUCCGUUGUGCUGGACAAGUGACACUCGGAUUCUGGGAACGAGAUUGGGGACAAAUGCGAAACGAUGCUCUGCUGAUAUAGCCCUGAGCGUUCGUAAGGUAGUGACGAGGCGGUGUUUGCGUCCGAGUGGUGUCAGUUUCUUUACAAAAGUGUUGUCUUGUCGAUGAAGGGCAGAGGUCAGUUUUAAGAGGUCAAAUCUAAUAAAUAAAAUGGCAUAUUUUUAAAGAAAUGGUUUCGAUUGGUGAGGCGCACAGUCACUAAACGUUUUUGUGAAUAGUUCAAUCGUGGAUGAUGUUUUGUAUCUGAAUGAGUCAGAUAUCGAAGCAAAUGCAUGCAUACGACUCUAAGCCGAGAAAAUGCACGAAAUCGUAACAAAGAGGUCAAGAUAUAUUGAAACACAGAAGGGAUUAUUCCGAAACUUAGUGUCACUUCAGAUAUCCCUCUCAAUGGCCCACUGAGACUCAGUUCUCAACCAAAUUACACGCUGUUCUCAAGAUGGCGCGCACAAGAGAGUCUCUAAUGAUAGAAACAUGGCAUCUACAAGUGCUUUUAAUAUUAAUAAUGCAAGUGCUAAGUUCUCAUGUAUUGUUUGUGUUUAUCGUGGUUGUAUUGUUUGUUUUUGUGUCAUUGUUGUUUGCAGUUAAUGCUGAUUUUGAUAUUUGCUCUGUUAAAACAGUUUAUUGUUUUAAUCACUGUUUAAUGGCAUUUUCUUUUUGAAUGGAUAAUAUAAAAGGGGUCAUAAGGUUGUUUAAUGGAGAUCAAGAUAUGGGUUUUGUUUGACCUUUUUGAUAGUUUUUCUCAUAAGUUGGCAAUUUUAAAUCUAACCAGUCACUGCACUGGUAGCUCAGUCGUUAGAGCGCUGGACUGUGGAGCGGUAGGUUGCCUGUUCGAUCCCCAGGAAGGGGCCAAUACUCAGAGUCUUAAAAUAACUUGGGACAAUGGCACACCAUUUCCCCUGCAAAGACUCGGCCUUUCUCGUAACUCCAGAGUGAAUGUAUAAUAUAAAAAAGCUCUUUUAUUAAACUUUGCUGUAAAUACACUGACUAUUAAUUAAGACCUUUUUUUCCUCUGGUAUUUAAAAGGAUCGGAUUAAGCCAAGUAAAAUUUUAGCCCGAAACCUACUCUCUGUCUUCAAGUACUUGCGUGAUCGAUGCAAGGAUACUGAUGCCAUCGCUGUUUUUCAAAUUCUCUUGUUAUUCUCUCUCUUUGCUGAAAAGAUAAGAAAAGUGCUGUUUAUAAUAUUGAUGAAAACAAAUGGACCUCUAUCUUAAUUAUUUCCGUCAGAAUUCCAACUUUCAAGUUCUUUGGAUAUAGUCUCGUAAAUUAAACUUUCGGCAGCUAAGUGCAAACGGCGCAACGUUGUUGGCCAACAACUCCCAGUAUUGUUGGAUGUUACAUGUUGAGUCCGUUUGUGCACCCUGUUACAUGUUGUUGCGUGUUGUUGAGAGUUGUUGCGCAAAGUUUGAAACCGGUCAAACUUUUAUCUACGUGCAAGCGGAGGCAACACUGUUGGGAGUUCUUGCGUCAGUUUGCACGUAGCUUAUGUGUUGAAUCAAAUACCGUUUAGUGAACCUCUUAGAGGUGAGCAUGCAGAUGAAUGCAAAUGCAGCUGUUUGAACUUUCCAGUUAAAACACACGUGUUGGUUAUAUUCUAAUACCUAGUUCCCUGACUUUUUGAUCGUUUAAAAGAAAAUUCUCUUCUGAUUGGGCCGGAGUUUUUUAUGAUUGAUCUUGCUAUGUUGUUUGGGAUGUAUGUUAACUUUUGGGCGGACCGUGAUUCUUAUUUAGAGCGUGAGAAAGAAAGGACUGGAAGAGCUGCCAAUCCAAAAGGACUGACAAUUCAAUUCAAAUUAGGCCGCGUCCACAUGUAACCGUUUUUGUCUGAAAACGGAGAUUUUUUCCUCCGGCUGGCCUACCGUCUACACGUAUCCGGUAACUGAACGGUCACCGAAAACGCAUCUUUUGAAAAACGCUGGCUUCUCGUCUACGUAUGGACGGACUAAAAUGGAGGUUUUCGAAUUUGAUGAUGUCAUAAACUAUAUACUACUAUCAUUACGCAUGCUCUGUGAGGGAUGCUAUCGUUUUUACAGUUGCUUAUAGAGCGUUUUCGUGUGGACGGGCGAAAACGAUUCGAAUACGCUACGUGUGGACGCAUAAGGACAAAAUUCCCCGUUUUCAAAAAUAUCCAGAUACAUGUGGGCGGGGCCUUAGACGUUCUCGUAUUUACAAGCAUUGUUAUCCUAGACUGGUAAUGAGAUUCCGUAAUUGAGAUGACCACAAACUGUAUACUGGAUGGUGUAUGGUUAAGAAACAACUCUAUUAUGACUCUUCCAAAACAAAGUUUAUUAAAGGUGAGUACUUACCAAAACAUUGUUUUUCUUCCAGAGACUUUUGAAGCGCUAUUAACGUCAGAAGAUAAAAAAUCCAGCGCACUUGCGUCUUUCAACCUGGCGAGGAGUGGAAAACUUCUAAAGAUCUAUGUUCGCUACAACGGAAGUCACAAUUUAGGUUUGUACAAGAGUGGUUUUAUCUUACUUUAAGUUCCAGUGCAAAAACUGGUCAAAGUUACAUAUGUGAAAGCCAGCGUAGAUCCGGCUAUCAAGGUUCUGAGUCUAUUACAGCCAGUAAGGCUUCCUUUAGAAGCUCUCAAUUUGAUUGGAUAUUCGGCUUUACGUUCGCUGUUGCCAUCCCAAUUUCCCAACGAGCUUCAUAACCAAACACCAAAGCGUUUUUGGAAAUCGUAUAGGAAAUGGAAGCGUUGCCUUAUACCUUCUUUUUUCUGUAAAUCAUAUUAACCCCGACGACCCUAGGCCUGUGAAUAGUCACAUUGAUCUGGGAUUUUGGCCACAGGCCUUUAAAAAUUUUUACUAUAAGUAACUUUUUAAAGAAUAAUUUUUCAUUUGAUCGAGUGAACAUCAAAGUUUCUUAUGCCUUUUUCCCCUAAGGACCAGCCAGUCAAGCCACAUUCAAGUUGAUAAAGAAAGCUGGUAAUAACAAAGAUCCUCGAAUAUUGAAAAUUAUCGGCGCCGGAGAAGUCAGGAGAGAGGUACAUACGAUGCUUUAGUCAUCCCCGCCCUGUUCAUUUAGGCCAUUUUAGCUGUAGCGCCUUAAACACGAACGCAAACGUCGUCUAUUUUCCGGCCUGUUUUAGGCUCCAAGACUUGCAGUAACGUGCAGAGAUCGCCUCCUUUCUCUCUUCUUUCUUCUUUGAGAGCAUGCACAGGCUACCUAUUCUCCGAUCAGUUCAGAGAUUUUUCUCAGGUCGAGUAUGAGACGAAAGUAGCUGUAGAGAGCUGUACUUGUAAGAGUACUUCUAUAGCGUUACCAAAAGAGUAAUAUAAAGCUAACCAUUUUUAAAUCAUUGGUUAACCCUAACCCUAAACAGUAUUAGUGUGACACCAAACCGUCAACUCUUUGGCGUUUGCUUUUACUCCUUUUUCUGCUAAAUGGCUCCUUCUUUUACUGAACCUAUAGUAAAGAGGGGAUAACGGAUACUUUAUUAUGCACACUUCAUAAAGCAAAGGGGGCCUUUGUCAGUAGUAUCUAAUUAAGGCCAUUUCAAGUGAAACUUGUAAUCUGGUUUCUCAAAGUCUUUGCUCAUCGGCUGUAGUUCUUCCUUGCGACAACCCGCUGACCAAAAUGCCGCGGACUCAGAUGGAUUAGAUGCUAAUCGCUGAUUUUAUUCUUUGUUUGUUUUCCCAGAAUUCUAAUUUCAAAACUUCAUGGAUCAAUCCACGUGAACAGACGCUCAAGUGGCUGUCACGUGGUCAUUUAAAUAUCACAGUGGUAUUGAAUACCGCUGACCAGACUGUUCAACUUACCGGACGCAUUGGCAUCAAAAGAACUUGUAACUGUAAGUUCCAAAAAUUUUCGUGAUAGUAGUAAAAAUUGUCAUUUUUCUUAAAACAUUUUAUCCUGUGAUCUGGAAAGCGUGAAUUGGAAGGAACAAGUUCUUUGUAAUUAAGUCGGUAUUGGACAACAAGGCACCAGUUCGUGAUCAUGUCUAGUUGAACGUUGUUGUAGAUAAACACUUGGUGCUCAUGUUUUUUGAAAAAGGAGCUGAAACUAUAUACGGAGAUGCGACGCAGAUUCCAUCGUCUACUCGUACAAAAGUACAAAGUUAAAAUCUAACUAAACCGAAAAACGAUGAUGGGUAGAAUAAAAGAUUACACCCUGAUGUACAAAUGAUUUCUAGCUGCAGAUGGAAAAACGAAGGAAGUUCUUACAAAUCUUUUAUGCGCCUAAUACUAUAAUACGUUCUAACUUAGGCACUGAGCAAACUUGCUCUUUCUUUGACAGCCAUUGUCUCUCAACUAUCUGGUCGAGAUGCUCCUAGACCCACGAUGACAGGGGCCAGCGGCUAUGCCUCAUUCGACUUUGGUAGUCAUGGUCAAAUAUAUUACCAGGUAAAAUGAAUCUGUCAAGAAGAAUAAUCAAUAUUUAUGACAAUGAAAAGCAAAAAAUUCCUUAUCCUAAUUUAUCGUUUUGGCUCUCUGCUGUUGCAACUAUUUUUCCUUUAUACUGAAUUUAAAAACUAUUGUGAAGAUGAAUGAGUUAGUUAAAAAAAUUAGCAACUGAAGAAGAUGCGCUAUCAGCUAUUUUGUGGCUACCAUAGCCCGGAUGACAUAUAUACCGAGGGGUUUUAAUCGAGGGUUCACUGUUUGGGAAUGUUUUUUUUGGUUUCUAAAUGAACUGAUGUGAUAUUUUGAGCAGAGAGUGAAACGUAACAAUAUGGCUCUAUCAACUGGGUGAAUAAGAAAAAAGGCAGCGAAAAAGUGAUUCAAAAGCUAAAGUUUCGAGCACUAGCUCAAUUAAUAGUAGGCUUGUAACACAUGUUAGCGAAGACGGAGAUGGGGGUGAAGGGGUGGGGGCGGAACAGUACGGUUAGGGGGCAAAUGAAUUCAGAGAUAACGUUGACAAAGAAAGUAAUUAUGACACUGUAAAUUUAUUUUUAUUAUUUUUAUUUUUAUUAUAACAGGUGUUUCUUUCUGGCCUGGUAAAUCCUGUCGAGGAAAUCACAUUACAAGCAACGAACAACAGACGAACAGUAAAGAGGCUGUCACGAUCAGUAACCACUGAUGAACACGGCCAAGCUAAGGCCAGUGAACUAUGGUUUUUCAGUGUUUCCUGUUAUGGCUUUAUUUAUUUUUCUUUUUUACGCUACUCACUUUGCUUUUAAGUCCGGUGAAAGGACAAUAUCUUAAAAUAGCCCUGCGCAUAAAGAACCAAAAAAGGGAAGUCCAAAGACUACUGCAAAGCUGAUUUAGAACAACGUGUAUUGUUUUUCAUAGCAAUAUUUCGGCUGGCCAUACCAGCCUUCUUCAGGUUUACAGAUGUUACUGGACCUGAGCAUAACAAUUUUACGUUUUUCUCCUUUUUUCAUGUAAACGCUACAGCAAUAACAAUGCAGUUAUGCUUUAUAACAUUAAUGUUUUAGCCUCUCUUAGUGUUGGGUGUUGCACGAAAAGUUUAACACCGUAGUGUUGUGUGGCUACAACGGGUUUCAAAAGUUGAAUGCCGCAUGUAAUACUAUGAUCUUGUAUCGUGUGUCUGUGUCGGUCCUCAAGCAACUUGAUUGUUUUAACAGAUUUUUAAUAUCCACCACAGGUCACCGGUGUCUGGGAAAGACCAUCAUUUGCAGAAACCUGCUGGCUCUUCAAUGGAAACAUCUUUAUUAACGUCCGUACCUCAAGUAAUAGAAAUGGUGAAAUAUACGGAAAACUUAAACAGUUUCCAUAUAUGGGUCAUCAUCUGUCAUAUCGCGGUGAGCAGACAUUCUUUAAUCAAUCAAGUUUAUCCUUUAAGUCUAGUAAAAAAGAACUUACUCACAAUUUGUUACUUGUGAAAAUUGAAGUCUAAUUUGUUGGAAAUGAAUUGUAAUUGCUAUUCUUUCUAUAAAAAUUUAAAAAAGUUGAAUGUACUAAAAACUCGAUUCUUACGAAAAUAAUGUAUAUCUGCUAUUCAAUAUCGAUUAUAUCGCUUUUAGAUCCCCCCUGGCGCCAUUUUGAAUUUUUUGACGGCAUUUCGUAGAACAUUAGAGAGAUUUUGAGUCACGUUUGGAUUUCUGCCACGUGACCAUGUUUUCCUUUCACUAGUCUUCAACUGUUCUUUACCUGACCAAAAAAUAAGUACUCUCACGUUAUUUCAUCCAUAAGAAUUUUUUUAGACUGUUUUUAUCUGCUCAUUUUCUAUUUUGGGAAAUUCUCAACUUGGGUCCGGCGUUUGCCGUUUGCCGUAAACGUGAAUCGGCAGAAGUCAAACGUCAGAAUGCACCUCACUUCCUGUUCCUCAUCUCUCUUCUCUUCAGAUCCUCCGAUGUUGUUAUCGGGUAACGAAGUAGUUCCCAGGAUCCAAACUGGCGCGGCGGGACAGGCCUGGUUCUCACUGGACAAACACUGUGCUCUGCACUAUCAUUUGAUGAUCAGUGGCAUUGAUCGUGGGCGCAAGAACUUGGUAACCGCGGAACUGCAGGGAUUUGCUGAUUAUGGCCAGGUUCCUCAGCCCUACGAUGAACACGUGCAGUUAUUAAAAUCAUUUGAAGGAGAAACGGUGAGUAAUUGUGUCGUUGAUGCCAAUAACUAAUAGGCUCAAAGUGUAGCAAAAGACACAAAAGGCUAAAAACUGCCUCCCUGAAACCAUUGUAUCAUCAAGUUCAUUAGAGUCUUUUAAAUCUAAUUUAUCAGCUUUUCUUAAGUAAUAGUUAUUUAGUUAUCUUUUUUUAAUUUUAUAUCAUUCUUAUAUAUUAUUUUACGAUUGGUGUGAUGUCUUAGCGAUUUUUACCGACCUAAUAUAUGAUAUGUAGAUGUAGAUGUAACAACCUAAGACUGUUGCUCGCUUGCACGUAACAUGCUUGCUCACGCGGCCAAAACCGAAAAUCCGUUCCUCGUUCGUUGCUCCGAAACCGCAGCAGAAAGCUUGCUACGUAAGCUAGCGCAGUGGUGUCUGGGAUCGUUUGGGUGAACAAGCGUUGCUUAUGAUUGGUUUAUGAUUGCCUUGGAUACCAUCGACCAAUCACAACUAACGCUUGUCUACCUAAACGACCAUGGAAAUCGUUACACCCCAAAGCAUGACCCACACUUCAGGCUAAAGCUUCUGAGGUUGACCGACGAGGUUCGAAGAGCGAGAUAGAUUUCGAGGAUUUUAAAACUUCUAGAACAUUUGUAUUUUCUACAUUUUACAUUUCUUAUACGUGCGUCGAAUGUGGUAAAGACGUGAUGUCUUAUUUUGCAAGUAGUUCUAGUUCUUCUGAGGUGGGGAAUUUCUAUUGAAGGCUGACAAGGCCAUUUAGAACACAAAAUGAAUAAUGGGUGUUGAAUAAACUCACCCUCGGUGUCAUGGAGAUGCCUUGCAAAACCAAAAAUAAUGACGAAAGGACAACCAGACGCACAUAAAAAAGGAAAAACCAUGCUAUAGCAACGCCUUGCUACACAGUGUAUAUACCCGUUAUGAAAGAGUACCUAAAACGGGCAAAUUGUCCCUCAGGCGACCUUACAACUAAUAUAUCAAGCUUUAAUACAGCCACACUUUGAUUAUUGCAACAUUGUUUGGGGAAACUGUGGGAUAACCUUACGGAAUAAGGUUCAAAAGCUACAAAACAGAGCAGCCCGUGUUUUGACCUACUCAAGCUAUGACGUAGAUGCUGGUCACCUUUUCAAACUUCUAGGGUGGAAAAACCUAGCUUGCCAGCAACAAUUUCAAACAGCUACGAUGGUUUACAGGUCUCUGCACGGGUUGGCUCCAAACUAUCUUAGCUCUAAAUUUGAAAGGCGAGAAGUCGCAUAUAACCUAAGGGACUCUGAAAAUAAACUCAAUGUUCCAUUACCGCGCACAAACUAUUACAAAAACAGCUUCAGCUAUAGUGGCGUCAUUCUCUGGAACAGUCUUCCUUGUAACUUAAGGGAAGCAGAGUCCCUUGGGCAAUUUAAACGAUUACUCAAAGAACUGUAAGGCACGGCAUUCGUGGAAAGCAGCUUUUUUAUUUAAAUAUUUUUAUUAUAUUAGUAUUAGGCAUUUUUAAAGCUGACGAAUUUUGUACCGUGGAUAAAUAAAGAUUAUCUAUCUAUCUAUCUAUCUAUCUAUCUAUCUAUCUAUCUAUCUAUCUAUCUAUCUAUCUAUCUAUCUAUCUAUCUAUCUAUCUAUCUAUCUAUCUAUCUAUCUAUCUAUCCGUCGUCAAAUGACGUUGUUAAUUCAGCCUAUUAUGUGUCUUAGGUUUCGGGAUCGGUACGCAGCCUCAAGCCAGAUUUCCUGGUGAAUAUGUUCAAAGGAUUGGUUUAUUUGCAAGUCAGCAGUGAAGAGGUCCCACAGGGAGAACUUAGGAGUCAGGUCCUGGUAAACAGCGCACAUUGUAUACACGGUUCUCCACCGCUGCCCAACAAUGGUGACUUCUGUAACGCUGGGAACAAAAGAUAUUACGAAGGCGAAUCGUGGAUUGAUGAGGAUGACAAAUGUAUAUCUUGUACUUGCAAGGUAACUUGAAGAGAAUUAUUACUAACUAAAAAUCGCGAUAUUUUCCGGGGGUACUCUCAGGAAUUCUUGAUGGGGGUAUGGCGCCCGCUUCUCCAAAUCACGACACUAUCCGUGAUAAAGAAAAGGCGAUUUUCCACACCCGUUAUUGGACCUGAUCAUAUCCAUUUCCGUUUAAGGGCAUGGCUUCUGAAAGUUGUACGCUGUUUGCGAACCCAUUUCCUUGUUCAAGUUAAGUCAACUUUUGUUAAAGCAUUUUUUUGUUAUUUAUGACACUCUACAAAUAUGUUUACAAGCUGUCGUGGUUCCCUUGAAAAACAUACCCGAUUUCAGGACAUUAUGAGCUAAACAGAUAAAUUUGGCCAAUGAUGGUCAAUGAUGGAGUGAAAUUGUUCGGCUUUGACCAACUGGUAACGCUCAAACGUCCGUUUUUUUAAUCCCUUGAGUGCGGUGGCGAACUUCAGCCCCAGGUCUUUUGCCUCGGAAUCUGAGGAGGAAAAGGCACUGGGGAUGAGCUUAGUAUGGUGGCCAAAACCAGCACAGCAAAACCAUCUUUCAAACAUAUUCGAUAAAGCUAAAUUUUGAAAAAACGAGGACAAAAAUUUUAACCUUUUCACUGCCAGAUUACACGAUGGAGUAGCGAUAAGGCAGUUCUAACUUUUAGAGUCUGUGGACGAAAUGCUAUCUUGUGACCAUUCAAAUGAAAACCUCUUCAGCAGUACUUUCACAUGGUGCUAUUUGGUUUUCAGCCUUUCACACACAAAAAAAUGGACAUUUUGUGAAAUGUUGGCUUUGGACACCUUUGGCUGUGAAAGGGUUAAAAGUCCCUUUCAGGGGCUCAAUGCCCGUGAUACCGCUUAUCUAAAACUCAGUUUUGCUCCCAUACAGAACUUUGUAUUAUAGAAGCGAUAAAGCUCCAUCUGUUUGUUUGGUUUCAGGAUGGUGAAGUUAAUUGCUCUAACAUUACAUGUCAGCCAUUAAACUGCACUGAAGCCCCUAUAUUAUUACCUCUCUCAUGCUGCCCGGUUUGUCCAGGUAAGUGCUUGAUUUUCUGUUACAUGAAGUCUUAGCAAACCCGAUUUACACGCGCUAAAAAAAUCGGCACGGCAUGCCAGAUUUUUGGCACCACGCUGACGAUUUUAAGGCACAGCACUCCCACUCCCAAUUUUCGACGUGUAAACGUAUCGGUCCCAGAUGUGGUGCGGCACCAGUGCUCAAAAUUUUAGGGGUGCCGAGACUACCUCCCGGUCUCGGCACAGGUAAACGAGGCACGGUGCCAAAAAUUUGGAGUGCCGUGCCGAUUUUUUUUAGCGCGUGUAAUUGGAGUUUAAGUGCAGCAUUGUCGCGCUACACGUCGACACCUUAAAUGGUACGUUUGCGGGAAUAUUUCGCACAUUUUGUAUCAAGAAUCUGAAAAUAAACUACACGUAACAACUGGUUUAGCUUGUUUUCAACUGAUUUUCAAAGAAUCUGCUUUUUCUCCCACUACCUUGCAGCUUUGGAGGAAAAAGUUGUCAUAUACUACGAAAAGAAGAGAAGGCCAUCAGUAAAAGGCUGUUACGUAAAAAGAGACCGAAAAGUCUACCCCGCAAACGCUGUGUGGCACCCUUUUGUACAGCCGUUUGGUUACAUGAGAUGUCACGCCUGCACAUGUAUGGUAAGCGGUAGUCGGCUUCUGAUCAUUAGUGUGUGCGCUAAAAGUACUUUCAGUCAGACUGAGUGAGCGGCCAACUUUCAAUGAAAAAGGAAGUGUUCGUUUGAGUAUAAAAUCCUUCCUCCAACCACAAUGUUUUCUUUUCAAUGAGUUAUAAAAUAUUAAUUUUCUUUUUUUUUGCAGGACAAAAUUUCUUGUAUUAAAGUUACAUGUCCAGAGCUGCACUGCAAAAAUCCAAUUAAACAACGCAUGGCAGACUGUUGUAUGCGGUGCCCUGGUAAGUAGCUUGAAGGAUUAUUUUUCAACAAGUCUCAAUCUUUUGCUCGAAUAACUUCAAAAGGAUUGAUGUGAUCUUCCUAUGGUUAGUAAUAGGUUUGUGCUCGGCGAAUUUUAAAUCCUUCAUGUUUUAAACUUGUUCUUCUGGCCCCCGUUGCUCAAACGCUGGAUAGCGCUAUCCAACGGAAAAUAUCACUAUCCAGUGGAUUAGUACUAUCAGUAAAACUAACUGCGUUAUCCAUGCACUGGAUAAAAAUUUAUCCAUUGAAUAACGUUAUCCACCUUUCGAACAGCUGGGCCCUGAUCAUGAUAUCUUGGAGGAAGUGUUUUAGGCUUUUCAUAACCGAAAUCUCUCCAUUCUCUCCUUUGAAUUUAGAUGGAGAGAGUGAGCGAUCAGACAACGACAGAAAGAAUAAAAAGGGUGGAAAAGGUAUGUAAAAAGAUUAUUUAAAUUUUCUCAACUUUUCUGGUAAUUUUCUUUGUAGUAUGUUGUUUUUCUUGUUGAUAAUGCGACCCCUCCCAUUGAAGGACUGUUGAAAUAAAAAUGUUAACACAAUGAUAAUAAUGUUGAUGAUGAUGAUGAUGAAAAUGAUAAUAAUAAUAAUAAUAAUAAUAAUAAUAAUAAUAAUAAUAAUAAUAAUAAUGAUGAUGAUGAUAUUGAUUAUGGUGAUGAUGAUGAUAAUGAUAAAAACUUGAUUUCUCCUAACCUGCAUCCUUUUCAGGGCUCGACAUUGCGACUCACUGGUCGCCAAUGCGACCAAAAAUUGAGGACUGGCGACUAAAUUUUCAGAACUGGUCGCCAGCUGGCGACUCGCGUUUUGUCCGAUGGCUAAAGAAAACCACGACACAACUUUUGUUUUUAAAUCUUUAUAUUAGGAAAUCAAUCGGAUAUGGUAGCUAGUAUCCAACUCACCUUUCUGUCCCCAGUAAAAUAAUGUCUGAAUACUACAAGAUAAUCGAAAAAAUUGAAUGUAUUUCGAAACGUCGAUACUGCGUUCACGACGCGCCAUAUUGUUUCCGUGGCUUCUUCCGAAACUGGGAUCGCAGGCGUACUUCAACACCAUGUGCUUUUCAUUUGCCGCGAAAAUGGCGGCAGAUACAAAUCAGUUGAAGGAAAUACGUGAGUAUUUACGUGCGGGGAAUGAAGAUUCAGCCAAAAGGUUAAUCCAAACUUUGAAUCCUUCAUCAGUUGUUGAUGUAGGGAAAGUGGGCGGUUAAUAAAUGGAUAUAACUAUCACUAAUAGAAAAAGUACCUGAGUGAAUAGUUCUUAACAACGUUUCUUCCUACAACGUUCUGUCUAAAAUGAAACGAAGACCUAAAAACGGCACUAAGCCCAUUUAUGUUUCCUCCCGGUCGGAGACUGGUACGAGCAAUGUGGUGGCCUGGGCCAAGCAUGGCGUUGUUUGUCGGCAGCAAAAGGCGUCGAGGAAAGCAAGUCGAAAAUAAAGAACGCCAUUUCGUAGAAGUAGCAAAGGGCAAAUACGCAAGGACCCGUGUUUGUCUCAGAAUGAAAACCACGGACUUAAAACGUUUUAUGCUUCGCUUCAUUUAAAAUGACUAUGGAGACAACCAUCACCUUCGGACCUGAGACAUAUCACCUGAGAACAACGGUAGCUUUAUAACUAAGUGUUACUCAUGUUGUUUCUAAUUGUUUUCGCUCUUCAGUUGUGACUUUUCUUGCACGCAAAGUAACGUAUAAAAUCGUGUUCUUGUGUAAGGGCCUCUUUACAUGGAGUGGGGGACCCUGGUCUAGUGGGGUUGGUUUCUUUUGUUUUUCACCCUGGGGACACAAAGCAAAAAGAAACCUACCCCACUAGACUGCGGUCCCCCACUCCAUGUAAACAGGGUCUAAGUUAUAUAUAAAAUAAGCUGGCGACCAAAAUUUACGAUCUGGCGACCAAAAUUUUUCCGUUAGUCGCCAGCUGGCUCCCGAACGAAAAAGUUAAUUUCGAGCCCUGCUUUUACUGUAGGAUGCAAUUUUCGCGGAAGUCAAUUCAAACACGGUCAAACAUGGCAGCCUUAUUUUCCAUUGCUUGGUGUUUCAAAAUGCAUAACGUGUAGCUGUAGGGUAAGUAAUAUUGCUUUUUUAAAAUUUUCACUGCAUCUUGGUUGUAUCGGAAUUUGGUGUCAUACAUCGAAGACACUGAGUAUUUCCUUAUUUAAUCAGUACUGUGCGACACAAGUUGUUGUUAGGAAGGUAUUAAACAAUUUCUCUCCUUUUUUAAGGAUGGAAGGACGAAUUGUCGGCGUGCCCCCUGCCCCAGAGGGCAAUGUCCUAACUCUCUUGAAGGUGCUAUGAGAAAGGGUUGCUGUAUCCCUUGCCCAGGUAAAUACCGCGAUAUGUUUCAUGAUUAA